AUGGUUAGGGAGCGGGCAGACUGGGAGGGUUAUCGCGAGCGGAUGUUAAAGCGUAUCGCUGAGUUUGAGAAGUCCAAGGCCAUCUUUGAUGAGGAGAAAGCCAAGUUUGAUGCAGACAAGAAGGCCGAGGAAUGGGGGCGCGAGGGCCUUAAGAAUAAGCUUCAAGCUGCUGAGCAACAACUGGCCAAGGAGAAGGCCGAGUUCAAGCGUAUCUGCGAGAUGGAUAAUGAGCGCGCCUACGCGGCUCGUAAUAAGAUUGUUGAUCUGGAAGCUAAAGUUGCUGAGUUGACCUCGAAAGUUGAAGAUGCGCAGGCUGAGAAGGCUGCCAAGCAGCAGAUGGAGGCUGAGUUGGCUGAGACAAAGGUGCAAUUAUCCAGCAAGGAUAAAGAUCUCCAUGCCAAGGAUGUUGAGAUCGCUGAGCUUAACCGCCGUCUGAAUGAUCAGAUUGCCAGAUGCGAGUCCUUGGAGAUCGAUCUCGAGGCGGAGAGGGUUAAGGUUGCCACUGCUGAAGAGGCACGUGCUGUCAGCGCUGCCGCUCUUAAUGUGGCUCAAACCAACUACUCAGAGGCCCAAGGCAUUGUUGACACGCUUGUGUCUGAGGCUGAAUGGAUGCGCACUCGUGGAGUAGUGCUGGUUGCCAACUCCAUCCUCAAUGCUGGCGAGCUGGAUCGCGCUGUAGCUGCUCUUACGGAUUCUGCUCGCGCAGUGGGUCAUCGAGGGGGCUAUCUGGAAUGUGCCCAACACGUUGAGGAGAUGCUAGGACAAGAGUUUGAUGCGAGCCAUUGCUCGGUGACCGACCAGGCUAAUGCUGCGCUUACGCGUGCUGAGGAUGCUUAUGACAACCUUAGUAUGCCUGUGAUGGAUUUGGUCAUGGAAGCUUUAAAGAAAGACGACUGGUGUCAGCGUCUUAAGGCCAUUCUUGAUCCCCCAGUGACUGUGGAGUUAUCGGAUGAGGAGGAAACAGCUGGCGAUGGUGGUGGAAAUGGCGAUGGCGAUGGAAAUGAUGGUGAUGAUGGAACUGAUAAUGAUGGCGAUGAUGAUGGAAAUCAACAUGAUGAACUAGGAUAG